CACGUCUGCAAAGCCAACAGCUGUUAAAGCCUGCAGACAAAGCAGACAGACUCCUCAUCCCUCAAAGCCUGCACGAGGGCCGAAACACAAGAUGUUUAAAAAAACAAAGGAAGAUAAGCAGGCCGAGAAGGCUGAGAAACAAAGGGCCAAAGCAGAGAAGCAGAGGUUAGAAAAGGAAGCCAAACAAAAAGCCAAGGAAGAGAAAAAGAACAAAAAGAAGCCACAGAAAGAGGACAAUCCCGGUUCUGCAACAGAUGAGAUUCAACCACAGAAAGGUCUUUACUUCAACAAGGGCAACACAGCAAAAGGCAAGACCCAGUUUGCAAACAAAACAAAAAGUAUCAACGUGAAAGAUGCCCCUGUAGAAGCUGAUCCAGAUGAGGAUGAGCAGAAGGCUGAACCAACAUUAACCAAAGCCAUCAAAGGCCAAAACCGAAUUAUGCUUCUCAAAGCCAAAGGUAAAGACUACAAAGCCAUUCUGGAGCCUGAGGAGCAGCAGGACACUGGAGGUGUGGUCAAAGUGGGGCCACAGAGCUUGCUCCUGGGGAAGGUCAAGAUGGCAUCUCCUCGACAUAAAGCAAAGCCUGAAAAAGAAUUCGAAAGUGAGGCUGAUGAAGGGUCCAGCAAACCCAAGGAAUGUUUAAUAGCACGAAGAAAAGGUAUGACUACUCUUCACAGAGUAUCUGGAUGGAUUCAGAAGAACAUGCCACGGGGGUUAAACUUGAGAAAGAAGCUUUCUGCUUGUACUAAAGCCAUCGGUGUCUCCCGCUGGCUCUCCCUUCAGGCGAUUAAACAGAAACAAGGUCCCAGAAAAUCUAAGGGCAAUAUCUUCAAACACAGAAUAGCCAUGAGAGUUGCCAGUAAAAGCAGCCUGGCUAGUAAGAAAAACAGGAGCUCCUCUGAGGACAAGCUGGCUAAAGAGAAAGCCAGCCUCCAGGGCAUGGGAGGGGACAGAGGGGAAGAAGCGGCACUAGCUGGCGAGAAAGAGAUAGAGGCCAAAUACGCUGUGGUACUCCCCAGGAUGAACAAAAUGGGCAAGGCAAAGACAGCUAUAGUGCCCCUGGCUCCUGGACCUUCUACACCAUCAAAUACUACUGGAUCACCCGGAGAACCCACUACAUCAGAGCCCAAACCCCCGAAACCAUGUGCCAGGCUUGUGCUCUCUGUCAAACCGGAUCUCAGCCACUUGAAGUCUAUCAAGAGGCCCUUACCAGGAUUAACAUCCGCUGGAGAUGUGGCAGAGAGGAGCCCUGGGUCCAGUAGUACACAGGAAGGGUCAUCCAACGCUGAGGAUAGAACUGGGAGAGCCGCCCUGCACAAUCAAGAUGGAGUCAGUGUGCUACAUACUGCAAGAGGGAAAGUGGACACCUCGCAGAUCAGCCUGACCAAGAUGUCCUUGUCAGGAAGAACAAUAGGAGGUGGACUGACUUGGGCCAAAGGACAAGACCCCGAUGGAGAGGCUGCAGCUGGGAUACCGAGGUCCACCACUCAGCCCUUACCCAAUGGGGAGGCACGUGAGGUGAUUUCAGGUGUCCAGACCUUGUAUGAAGAAGAGGCAGACAGAGAAGUGGCCCAGCUGAUGGGUGGUGGGGGUACAUAUGCUAUCGCCCAUCCAGAGGUGCACUGGGCUGGUAACCCCCGGAUGAGUGGAGACCCUCAGGACUGGCUGCGUGCAGAGAACCUGUUGCCCCACCAGACGGUAGAGAAGCUAUCCAAGUGGACAGUCUAUGACGAUGAAAGCCAGGCCAGGACAGUUCCUGCCCAUAAUGGCAGGGGCCCCUGGGAAUCAGAGGACCCCACACAGGAGAUGCUUGAGAGUCGACUGGUCAAAGCACAGGUUGUGAUGACCGGCCGCAACAUAGCUGUAGAGGUGGAUGAGGUAGAGGAUCUGUCUCAGCUGGAAGAGGUGUCCGAGAGUUCUGUGCUUCUGAAUCUGAAGAAGAGGUUCCACCGUGACUGUAUUUAUACUUACAUUGGAAACAUGCUGCUGUCCAUUAACCCUUUCAAGCCCCUUAACAUCUACACAGAGGAGCUGAGACAGAAAUACCAGGGCAAAGAGCAGCAGAGAAACCCACCCCAUGUUUAUGCCAUAGCAGACGCUGCUUUCAGUCAGUCUCAAGCCUCCAUACAGGAGCAGUGCAUCAUCAUAAGUGGCCAGAGUGGUUCAGGGAAGACUGAAGCUACCAAGCUGAUAGUCCACUACCUCAGCACCAUGUAUCAGGGCAGAAACGCCAAACUGCAACAGCCCAUGGAUGUCUUUCCCAUCCUAGAGAGUUUUGGGAAUGCCAAGACCAUCCUCAACAACAAUUCCAGCCGCUUUGGCAAAUACCUCCACAUCCACAUUCGCCAUGGGGUUGUUGUAGGGACCUCGUUGUCCAAAUAUCUCCUUGAGAAGUCCAGGGUUGUCUUUCAGGCCAAUGAGGAGAGGAACUACCAUGUGUUCUAUGAGCUGCUGGCAGGUAUGAAUGACUGGGACAAACAGGAGCUCUACCUGCAGGGAGCCGAGACCUAUUACUACCUAAAUCAAGGUGGUGCCUGUGAAUUGAAGGGGAAGCAGGACAAGCAGGACUUCCAGCUUUUGGUUCAGUGCUUUGAGACCAUCGGUCUACAUGCUGACCAGAUCUCAAACGUCUGGGCCAUCCUCUCCUCUAUCCUGCAGCUCGGCAACAUGUGCUUCAGCUCAUACGAGAGUGAGUCGUUUGAGGUGGCUCGUAUCUUCAGCGAGGCUGAGGUCAGGAGGGUUGGCUCCUUGUUGCAGAUUUCGUCCGAGGCCCUUCAGACCGUCAUCACUCACAAAGUCACAGAGACGACCUAUGACAGAAUCUACUGCCCAUUAUCUGUGGAAAGUGCCAUAGAAUCCAGAGAUGCUAUUGCCAAAGCCUUGUAUUCAGUGCUGUUUGACUGGUUGUUGGAGCAGAUCAAUGACUGGCUGAGUCCCACUGAGAUGGACAGCACGGUGGGCAUAGUCGACAUCUACGGGUUUGAGGACCUGGGAGUGAACAGCUUUGAGCAGCUGUGUAUCAACUUUGCCAACGAGCAGCUGCAACACUUUGUCAACAAGGCACUGAUUUCCCAGGAGCAGGAGGAGUACAGUGCAGAACAGAUCCAGUGGUAUCCAGUGCCACUUAAGAACUUCCACUCCUGUCUGGAGCUGAUCUCCUCCAGGCCACACGGCAUCCUCCGCAUACUGGACGAUCAGACCUGCCUCCCACAGGCCACGGACCACACCUUCCUCCAGAAGUGCCACUACCACCACGGGAACAGCCCCUACUAUGCCAAGCCCAAGAACCCAAUGCCAGUCUUCACUGUCUAUCACUAUGCUGGACCUGUCACUUAUCAGGUUCACAAUUUCCUGAAUAAGAACCACGACCAGUUCAGGACAGAAGUGGUGGAGCUAUUUGCCAGGAGUCGGUUAAAGAUGGUGUCGGAGUUGUUCCGUAAGGUUCAGGAUGGUUACAUUCAGCAGCGAGAGCUUGGCUGGAGAGGGAAGGGCCUCCGUCAGCAGCCCUCUACUGCUGCCUCACACUUCCUUCAGUCCUUGACUGAACUCAUCACCCGCCUGGAGAGAUGCAAAACCACUUUUAUUCGUUGUCUGAAGCCAAACUACAUCAAGGUUCCCGGCAUCUUUGACAUAGACUAUGUGUCGGACCAGCUGAGGUAUGCUGGGAUGAUGGAGACCAUUCGCAUCAGGAAAGAGGGUUUCCCCGUACGGAUACAGUACUCCUACUUUAUUGAGAGAUAUGGAGUGCUCCUGACCCAGCGGUUGGGUGAGGUGUCAGACAGAGAGCAGACGAUGGCUCUACUGGACAUGUUUUGUGCACAGGAGGGACAGUACCAGCUGGGACUCACCAAGGUGUUCCUCAAGGAGCUUCUGUAUCAGCAGCUGGAGGAGAAGUGGAUCAGCACCCAGACCUGGGCUGCCAUCACCAUCCAGAGGAACAUCAGAGGCUUCCUCUGCAGGAAGAACUUCAAGUUCUUCAAACAGAAAGCCAUUGUGAUCCAGAGCCACAUCCGAGGACACCAGGCCAGGAGGUACUAUAAGCGUCUGAAGCAGUCCUUCACCCAGUUCUGGGCGGUGAUGAUGAUAACCAGGAACACCAUCAAGAGACGCCAUUGGAGGAAGGAAUUUCACGAGAAGAACCAAGUCAAAGCGGUGGCAAAGACUAAGUCUGUCUCUCCGGGAAUGGAUGUGGGGAUGUUGGAGAUCCCUGCUGAGCUGUCAGCCAGACUUCACAGUGCAGCAGCGCGGCAGCAUGUGUCAGGGAUCACAGAGGUUGCACGUCCUCAGGUGAAGGCUGAACACAACCUCACUCUGCCUCUGGAUAUAGACAGAUACCCAUUCUCUCGCUAUGCCAAGUCCAUAUUAAAGGAUACAUGGUGCCAGCCUCAGGGAUACCCCCUCCAGAGACCCCUCACCUCUCUGGAGCCUGAAGAUGCCAGAACUGCCCUGGAGAUUUAUAAAUUGAUUUUGCGGUUUACAGGUGAGUCAGACCUCAGUGGCUGGCAGGAGCAGAUGUUGGGUAACUACAUAGUCGAGAAGGGUCAGAACCGGCCAGCCUUGAGAGAUGAGAUCCUGGCCCAGGUGGUUUACCAAAUGUGGGGCCUGCAGGAGAAGGACAAUCUAAGGGGCUGGCUGCUGCUGGCCUGCUGUCUCAGUGCCUUCACCCCCUCACCAACAAUGGACAAACCCCUGCUCAAGUAUGUGUCUGAUCAUGGUCCAGGAGAGUACCGCUCAUUGUGCCAACACAAACUGCUGACAUCUCUGCAGCUCCCAGCUCCCACUGCCCGCAUCUACCCCCCUAUACAACUAGAGUGGACCACCAACCAGAAGAAGGGCUCCAUGCUGCUGGAAGUACACACCUUCAAUGAUGAAAAACUGACAACUGAAGUAGAAUCAUGGACCACAGGAGAGCAGCUGGCCUCAUGGCUUCUUCAAUUCAGAGGUGUGUCGGAGGCAGUGCAGGGUUGGUCAGUGUCUCUUCUGACAGAUGAAGGCUGGUCAGAUCUGUCUGGCUCAGACUUUGUCAUGGAUCUUCUGGCUGGAGCUGAAGCUGAAGUGCUGCCACCACCAGGGACUCCAUCCUCUUCAAACUCAGACUACCUGUUUAGCAGCCCAGUAGACAGGAUGCCAAUUAUAGAUCAGGAUUAUUUCAUCCCACCAGCACCUCCUAUGCAAGCUCCUGCGCUGCCUCCUUUUGAGGGAAACCCCUGGGGAAGAGAUUAUCCACAGGAAGGCCGUGGUCGACAGAUGGAUGCCUACGUUGAUGACUUGUUUGAACCUGUACUGGACCAAGAACCUCCGGACAUGGAAAGAGUAGCCAUGUUAAACCGCAGGAUGAGAGGAGGAGGAGGGAUUGGACCCAUGCAGCCUGGCAUGUAUGGAGCUGGUAUGCCUAUGACAAUGCCAAGCUAUCCUAUGGCAACUCCAGUUAACCCAUCAAUGCCCAUCUAUGGUGCAACUCCCAUGAUGCCAACCAUGCCAACCAUGCCAGCCAUGAUGAUGCCUCAGACUCCCAUGGCUGCCCCCCCUGUCACUGACCCCAUGCAAAUGGCAGCAACACAGGCCCUCAUCAACCAGCAGGCCUUUCUCAUGGCCCAGCAAAUGACCAUGCAGGCAAUGAGUCUGUCCCAGCAACAGACACAAGAGCAGCAGAGGAAGCAGGAGCAGCAGAAAAAGAAGGAGGAGCAGCAGAAAAAGAAGGAGGAGCAGCAGAAAAAGAAGGAGGAGCAGGAGAAAAAGAAGGAGCAGCAGGAGAAAAAGCAGGGGGAGAGGCAGCAGAGACGUCAGUCCGGGUCAAGGGAACGCUCGCCCUCCCCCCCACCUGUCCGACCCAAAGUACCUGCACCUAAACGCACUUCCAACUACAAGCAGCCUGAACCAGAGCCAGAAAGAACAGUGGAUUUGCCAGAUCCAGAUGACCUGCAGUCUUUCAGGGACAAGAGGGAAUACUUCCAGAAGAUUGGCACUCAAGGUGAAUCCAAAACCCAAAAGCCUCUGCCAGCACCCAGCAGCCCACCCAGCAGCCCACCCAUACAGCAGCAACGCUCUCCAUCACCCCCGCCUAUAGCACCUAAGCCUGAAGUGAAGCAUCUCUGUACCCCUCCUGCUAGAGAAGCGGAUCCCCCAAAAGUAACACCUGCACCAGCUCCUCUUACUAAGCCCGAACCCACAUCCAGCAUCCGGGAAAUCAUUAAACAGUAUAACAGCCGACCACAACCAGAACCCAAACCUUUUGAGCCUGUCAAACCUCCUGUACGACAUUUUGUAAAGAAGAAUGACCCCAAAGAAGAAGCUUUGGCCAAACUCAAAAACAUAGCACCAGUGCCACAAAAGAAGCCGAUGCCUCCCCCGCCACCAGUCAAGGCUAAGAAGGAGCAAACUCCUCCCAGGACACCCUCCCCACAGGGUCCCCGCGUCAUCUCCAACAACAUGAAGCAGAAACAGCGCUCCCUGGAGGACAUGUUCGGCUCGCAGCGCUCCCAGCAUCCUCCGCCUGCUCCCCCCGACUUCCAGCCACCUCCUCCACACCCAGAACCCAUCCUUCAGAACAUUCCAGACCCACCGCCCAUGGCUGCCCCAUCACUUGAUGUGAUGCCAGAUGAGGAGGGCAAUCACUCUCAGCUCCACCGCUUCUUUUCUGACGUUUACUUCUCUUACUCUAACAUGCCGGGAAAACUGUUUCUGCGAAAAGAAGUGUUUUACCCCAAAGAGAUGUUCAACUGGCCCUACAUCCUCAAUCUGUUAUGUGAACAGAUUAUGAGGGACACCUACUCAGACAGCUGUGUGAGAAUCAGCAGAGAGGAGAAGAGGAAGAUGAAGGACCUGCUGGCUAAUUUCAAUGUGGGAACGACUAUAAGCACAAUCCAGAAUGACAACAUGAAGAAGAGAAUUGUAAUUGCCGCUCGAGACAACUGGGAAAACUACUUUACCCGCCUGUUUCCUGUUAAGCCAGGCAGUGGGGAUGCUCAGGUUCUGGGUGUGUCUCAUCGUGGAAUUCGUCUCCUGAAGAUCGUCAGAGCAUCGGGUAUCAACCCCAAACACCUCAGUCUGCUCAGAAGCUACAGUUUUGCAGAGUUGCUGUCAGUUGACCUCCAGGGUACAGACAGAGUGGAACUGGAGCUAAAGAAUGAAAACUUGGUGCUGCAGUCAUCCAGAGCUCCUCAGAUCACUGCCAUGGUCCGAUUCUUCCUUCAGGAGCUCAUCAGGGACUCAGGAUAUGUGGUAGCCCUGAAGAGUUUUGUGACAGAUGACAAAAGUCUGCUGAGUUUCAGCAAGGGUGACAUCAUCAAAUUGCUGCCAAUGGGAGGACUUGAGACAGGCUGGUGUUUUGGCACCAUGGGAGGGCGCUCUGGUCUUUUCCCAAAGGACCUCACCCAGCCAUCUGCGGCCCCAGACUACCACUGUCUCCACCUUGACCGAAGAGAUACCAGGAGGAAAAGCAUGAGGGGUGCUACACCUGUCAGUCCACCCAACGGCUCAUCUCCAGGUCCCGUCAGCAGACACAUGGGCAGUGUUGAUUCAGAGCCGCCCAGCAGAAAGCACUCGCUCCAGGGCUCGGUACCCUCAGUUCAGGGCUCAGUCCGCGAUUUGGAGGUCCUCUCAGCCAUGGCUGAGUUUGCAGUGAAGUACUUUAGAGUGGGAACUACCGGUCUGCCAGCAAGUGGAAGGAAUUUUGUAGAGGCAGUUCAACACACACAGGUCCCCAUACAGGAGUCCCUCAUUUUCUACAAUGAUCCUGAAAUCAAAGAUUUAUCUGUCCAGUGCUUCAUGAACCUGAUGCAGUUCAUGGGUGACAUGCCAUUAACGAAGAACAACACACAAUCAGACUGCCUGAGGAACAUCUUACUGUUAGGGAAGGAAAAUGAGCUGAUGAGAGAUGAAAUCUACUGCCAGAUCAUCAAGCAAACCACCAACAACCCAACCAAAUCCAUCUGUACUCUCGGCUGGCGGCUGCUCAACCUGGUGACUGGGUUCUUCCCCUGCUCUGGUACUCUGCAGCCCUCUGUCACACGUCACCUACAUGGCAUCUCUCAGGAUUACGAACACCCAUACCAAGAGCUGGCGUGUGUGUGUCAGGAGAACCUUCAGCGAUCUCUCAGUUUCGGUGGUCGCCGUAACAUCCCCUCUCAAGAAGAGAUGGAGGCCAUUCUGGCUGGCAAAACCUCUCGACGUAUUCCCAUCCAGCUGCCAGGAGGAGUGGAUUUCCCCAUCAAGAUCCGCAGCUUCAGUAUGGCAUCAGAUGUAGUAACAGAGUUCUGUAAAGAAAUGGGAGUCUCAAAUCUCUCAGAAAUCAAAGAAUUCUCCGUCCUCGUCAACCGACGUCAAGAUGGCAUUGUGCGUCCCCUCCACGCUGAAGAGUAUCUGUUUGACUUCCUACUGGAUGAUGGCUCCAUCUUCUUUUCCCUGAGAAGAGUGAUGUGGCGAAACCCUCUGUCCUUCAACAGUGACCUCUAUUUGGAGUUCCACUACCAGCAGCUCCUGGGUGACUUCCUAAGUGGGCGGCUGAUGCUUGCUCCUGUUUCAGGUGGUUCCGCAUCAGUCCAGCACAUAGCAGAGCUGUCAGCCCUGCAGCACCUGGCUCGGGGACUGAAGCACCAGCCCUCACUGCCGGAGAUAAAGGACUACCUGCCCUCACAGGAAGGGCUCAACAGUAAAGUUGAGGAGAUCCUCUCCUUCUGUCAGGGCCAGACAGCUGCCAAACAGUCCCUCAGCCCUGAAGAUGCCAAAAUACAAUUCAUUGAGUUUCUGAGCAGCCUGCCUCUGUUUGGCUCCAACAUCUUCUUGACUCAGAAGGUCAGCCAGCGCGGCUGUCCCUCCCCAUGCAUUGUCACUGUCAGCCAGGAGGGGUUGCAGUUCCUUCACCCCAAAACACAGGAGCAAGUGUUUCUGAUUCCUCUGGCAGACGUGCAGUCCAUCCGCACCAUCCGCCCCAAGAAACAAAGCAAAGUGCCAGCUGUGGACAUCAAUUAUGGCUAUCCAGGUCGUACCAAAAAAGUCACCAUUCAUCUCAAACAGGCGAAGGAGAUGUGCCACGUCCUUGCUCUGAUAAUGGAAGAAAUGAUCCGACCAUCAGUCAACAGCUCCAUUUCAAAUCGCUACUAGACACACACACACACACACACACACACACACACACACAGUAUAGUGCUGUAGUUCAGAUCUGGCUUCUGUAACUGUCUUUUGUGUUUUUCCUUUUUUAUUAAUUUAUGGGGGGUUUUCUGUGUAAAGUCAUGGAUUGUGUGCUACUGUUAAGAAGGGCUGAAUAGAAACAUAAAUAUACACACGCGAUGCUGAAAAAUCUCUCCAGUGAUAUCUUACAGGACAUGAUACAGAGCUGACAUACUACUCUGAUCAAAGAACAAAGGUGAAUGGAGGAGGGAUUAGAGCGAAGUUAUUUGUAUGAACUCUGUUCACUCUGUACUUCAGAAACGGUUCCAUGAGUGUAUUCAAAUUCUGAUUCACUUGUUGAAAUAUUAAGUUUGUUAAUCAUUGUUGAAAGUUCGUAAGGUUGUCAUGUAAUAUACGCGAAUAAUUUAUAAGAAUUAAAGAAAUUGAUUAAUACAUUGA